GUAGUCAAAACGCCCGGUACUGCCAGUUACCGAGCACGACAGGCAGCAGCUCAGCCAAAAGAUUUUGCAGUGACUGCGUCAAUAACGUGGUAAAUUGAACAGAAUCAUGACUCAGACAACUCCUCAAUGGGAAUACAGACACUUCGUAUUAGUGAAUGCAGUUCCGCUUAUUGUUGUAGGCGGUCUAGCCUUCUGUCUGGGAGUACUUUGGAUUUUGUUUCGAUGGCGCGGAUGGUGCUGCGACUGUCGACAGUGGCUCUAUGACAACGUGGUAAAAGAAGCAGUCUUGUUUGUGUUCAAAGACAUCCUGAAAGAAACCGGUUCGCAAGAAGGUGUAGAAAAUGACGACCAGCAACUAGAGUUCAAAGAUGUAGGAGUACACCAAGACAAGAAAUCUCAAACUAUCCAAUUCCUGUUUCUAGUGCUCACUUCUGCAAUCUUUUUUGCUAUCACAGCCUUUUGGGAUAUACUUCUUUUUAUAGAAACCGCUAAAAGCGUAUGUGUUUUCGGAUUAGCUUGCUUUCUAGACGACGACAAUCUUACUUUCACUUCCAAACCAGUAGAGUGUCACUGCACAACUCUAGCGCCAAGCUGCGACGAAGAUUCUUCGAAUGGCACAACCCUGCGAUGCUUUGAGCUUGUACUUGACUAUCCAGUCGCCGCCGGAGUCGCAACAGGUCUUUACACUCUAACAAUGUUCAUUAUCACACUUGGUUUUGCUCUUUUCUUCAAAAUCUGGAAGAAGACUGAACGACUACUAUGGAUUGUGCAGGUCAUUUUUUCUAUUCUGCUGUUUGGUCUCGUGAAUGUUGUACUCUAUGUUUCUGCCGUUUACGAUUUUAUGUCUAAAGAUCUUCAAAACUCCCUCCAGUUCUUUGCUGGAUAUUGGGCAUUUAAUGUCUCACUUUGGUUUCCAUAUGAAUAUGUUUUGAAGCGACCAUCAAGCAAUGCAGAAAGGAACAUACUGUUAGGUAAUCCCCAGCAGGGCAACGAUGGCAUCAAUUCUGUUAGAUAUGGAACUGGCAACACUUGAGCAUGCAUUUGCACGUCAUCAGUGCAUGAAAGCUAUUGCAUGCAAUUUGACUUACAAUAACUAUGAGUUGCAGUGAUCGCCUAGCUCUAACGAUUAUGAUUAUUCUAGAACUGCUGACUUCGUGCAAUUUGCUACAAUCUAGA